GUUUACAAACAGAGACGUCCGCUAUCGACCAUGAAACUUCACUUUCUAGGAACCGGCUCAAGCUACCCAACAACCAAGCGUGGUGUGUCAUCUUUAGCUCUACAGCAGGAUGAUGGCUCCGUUUGGCUCUUUGAUAGUGGCGAGGGCACCCAGAUUCAGGCCCAGAAAGUCGCCGUUUCGAGACAGAAGAUUAACAAGAUCUUCAUCACUCACCUUCACGGAGAUCACAUGUUUGGUCUCCCUGGUCUCCUCUGCACCAUUUCAUCCCAGUUUGGUCUGACCGAGGAACAGCUGGAGAAGGAAGUGCCUCGUGUUGAUAUAUACGGCCCUAAGGGUCUCAGGCAAUUCAUCUACACAGCGUUAAGUCUUUCAAGAUCUCCACUGAUAUUCAAGUAUUGUGUACACGAGAUGGUUCCAGUUGCCUCACAGUAUUCCGAGGACUGGGAAGAAUGGGACGUUGACCACACUGAGCCCAGCGCAACCCACCCCAGUGAGCUUCCUGGGGUCACAGUCGAGCCUAGUGUCAUGGAGGAUGGCAAUGUACAUUGGAAACUUUUUGACAAUGAGGAGUGGUGUGUGCGAGCUGGUUGGAUUCAUCACAGGAUACCAAGUUUUGGUUUUGUCAUCAAUGAGAAAGAUAGGCCUGGUACACUCGACAAGAGCAAACUGGUCUCAUUAGGAGUAAAACAAGGCCCUGUUUAUGGCCAGUUGAAGAGCGGAAAGUCGAUAACGAUGGACAACGGAGACGUUAUCACGCCGGAUAUGGUUCUUGGCCCACCCAUUCAAGGACGAACGCUUAUCAUACUUGGAGACACGAGUGAUGCAUCACCCCUUGCCCAUAUGAUCCAGAGCUGUGAUGUGGUCGUCCAUGAAGCAACACAUGACGACACUCUCGGAGACAAAGCAGUGGAGUUUGGCCAUUCCACUCCAAGUCAAGCUGUGGCCUUUGCCAAGACCGUCGGAGCCAAGGCACUCUUGCUCAACCACUUCUCCCAGAGAUACAGCCCAUCUUCAAAAGAAUCUCUAAAGGAAGGAGAGGAGACUGUGGCACUGCUGGAAGAGCAAGCACAGGCAGCAGCCACAGGAGCAGGGUUAAGUGUACAGUGUGCUGAUGACCUCUUCGUGUAUGAAGUACCUGGUACCAGGAGAGCAAAUACAAAGAUUUAACUGUAUUCUCUGUGUUUUAAGUCUGUUUAAAGGUAUUUUAGAGUGUUUUUUGUUUUGUUUUUAUAGCAUACUUUAAAUAAUAAAUGAGAAAAUAAAAGGUUGUGAACAAGAUAAUUGCCAUUAAAUUGCAUGCACAAAAUGAAGAUGGAACUGCACACACACUAAUCAAUGUAAAACAUGAACCUGAUAAACUAUACUCUGGGACACUUCAAAUACAUCAGUAAUUGCUAGAAUAUCACAGUAUUUUAGAAUAAUGGGUCUGUUUACACAAGACCACAAUUUAAAAAGCACAUUAGCUUCUGAGAGACAGGAAUUUUCAGAACUUUGUGUAAGACAAGAAAUAAAAUACUUAGGCUUUGUGAUAAAGUAAUGGAAAUAUUAGCUGAUGAAAUUACCUGAAUAUAACACUCAUGUGUACUGUGCCCGUGCAAUAUGUGAAAAUUAAGACUAAUAAUUAUAAUAAUUUCUAAAAAUAGGAAAAAAGUUGUGGUACAAUGUCUCAUGUCAUCAUUCACCAUGGGUAACAUUAUGACAAUAACACUUUAAGGGUUAGGAAGAAAAAUAAUGGAAAGAGGUUUAAUAGUAUACAACAAAAUGUAUCACAGCAUCAUCUGUAAUGGAGAGUUUCUGAAUAUUUAUGUCUCAAAUGUUUUUAAGUGACUGAUUCUUUGUACUUCAAUAAGUGUAUAUCUAUAAUUUUUUAGAGUUUUUUAUGAAAUGAUUGAUGAUGUAUGUUUUUGUUAAUUUGUUGUAUUGUUGAUUAUAUUGCUUAUAGUUUUCUGCCAGUAUGUAGGACUUCAGCAGGUCAUUUAACCUGCUGCCUCUGGAGAUGGCAUUUACGACCAAGCCAUGCCCACUAAGAGUUCAGUAAUGUCUUAACACAUAGAUGGCUCCACAUGUACUAUGUCACCAAUGAACCAAUUACUAAUACUAUCUAUCUCACUUGUUUACCCUGUUCAUUGAUUUUUGAAAGUAUUUUUUAGUAUCUUAUAUUGCUGUUAGUAAUGCCAAUAAAAUUCUAAUAAUGUCUCUAAUAAUAACAGUGCCAUCAAUAGCAUUAGUUAAAGAAAAACAUUUUUCCUGAAAACUCAAGGAAAGGUGAAAUCAGGUUAGGUGACGAGGUCUUCUAAUUUGGCUCCUUGGUGGCUCAGCACUUGUGGAGCUAGCUAUGUUUAGAGAAACCACAAUACAAUACUACUGUGAACACUACAUUUUCUCGGGGGCACUGGGUUAAGAGGAAAACAAUGUGUUUAUCCAUACUUACUUGCUGUGUGGUGCAGCGGUAGUGAUCUCGUCUAGCAAUCUUGCCGACCUGCGUUCAAAUCCAUCGCCACCAUUGGAUGAUAACCCCGGCCAUUCCUUGUACACAGAGUAAUUUAAAAGCAAAAUGUCACAUCAAGAAUAUCCAUUGUAACAAAUGAAACAAAACAAAAUUUUAAAAUUGAAUGAAAUUCAUUACUACUGAUCCUUCUCUGUAUAUAUUUUCAGAAGUUAACAGAAUUGGUAACUGAUAGAUGAUAUAUACUUUUUUUUUCCUGCAUCAGGAUUUGUGGCACACAUGGAUGGCUCAGUACUACAUGAAAAGAACUGCAUUCCCUCACAGGGAUUCAAAAUAGUUUGUACAGUGUGGUUCAAAUACAGAGGGAGUGAUAUUUUGUGGCCUGUAAGCAUGUUUAUUUAUUCUAUGAGAAACUAAAAUAUUUCAGCUCUAAAGUUUGUGUAAAAUAAUAAUAGGUUACUUGAGUGAUAUUGCUUUUCUAUCUUCACAACUCAUUAGACAACUAGAAAUAUAUUUUAACUACACUACCAAGUUUGUUUUGAAUAUCAAAUUUAUCUUUAAGAACCCUCUCAGAACCAUUCUGUGUAUUUGGAAGAUAUAUUCAAUAAAAUGUUGAAACCUGUAA